UUUUUGAAGAGGAUCUGAUUCUUAAAGAGAAUUUAGUUCUUGAAAAGAAUCUGAUUCUUGAAGAAGAUCUGGUUCUUGAAGAGGAUCUGGUUCUUGAAAAGGAUCUGGUUCUUGAAGAGGAUCUGGUUCUUGAAGAGGAUCUGGUUCUUGAAGAAGAUCUGAUUCUUGAAGAAGAUCUGAUUCUUGAAGAAGAUCUGAUUCUUAAAAAGGAUUUGGUUUUUGAGAAUCGGAUUCUUGACAUACAUAUAAUUUCUGAAAAAAAUCAGAAUUGUUUGGAUUUAAUGGUAAUUGGUAUGAUAAAACAAAUGUUUUUUGAUGUUAUAAAAAAUAUUUGA